GCCGGCGGGACUGGCCCCUAAAGAUGAGCAGCCGCAGCCCGGGGCUGGGCGGGGCCGUCAUGAUGUUGGCUGCGGUGCUGGCCUCUGCCGCCGCCUCUGACCCCGAGGACUGGGGCCCUGCAGGGGUCCAGUAUGGGCGACUUGGAGAGACUGUGAUCUUGACCUGCCCGGGAGCUGCCAGUGGGGUGGCCGUGUCCUGGCACAGGCCCGGGGCCCGGGGGCUGCCGCCGGGUUCCGUGACCGGCCAGCGGGAGCUGCUCCUGCCCCAGGCCGACCCCUCCGCCGAGGGGGACUACAGCUGUCGGGACGGGCACCGGGACGGACGGCCCCUGGGCUCCGUGACCCUGCGGCUCGGCCACCCGCCCACACGUCCCACCGUGACCUGCCGCGCCGCCGACUACGAGAACUUCUCCUGCUCCUGGAGUCCCGGCAGGGCCAGCCGCCUCCCCACCCGCUACCUCACCUCCUACAGGAAGAAGACCUUGACGGGAGCUGAUUCAUGGGGGAGGCCGCUGUGGGCCGGGGAGGCGGGCGUCUGUGAGCAGGAGCAGCCCGGGGUCCGGCGGUGCGUGGUCUGCGGCUCCGAGUUCUGGAGCGAGUACCGUGUCAACGUGACUGAGCUCAACCCCCUGGGGGCCAGCGCCCGCCUGCUGGAUGUCAGCAUGCAGACCAUCUUACGGCCGGACCCCCCCCGAGGCCUGAGGGUGGAGUCGGUGCCUGGGGCCCCUCGCCGCCUGCGGGUCAGCUGGGCGUACCCGGCCUCUUGGCCCCGGCAACCCCACUUCCUGCUGCGCUUCCGCCUCCAGUAUCGGCCCCUGCUGCACCGCUCCUGGUCCACGGUGGAGCCCGCCGGGCUGGAGGAGCUGAUCACGGACGCGGUAGCCGGCCUGCCCCACGCCGUGCGGGUCAGCGCUCGGGACUUCCUGGACGCCGGAAACUGGAGUGACUGGAGCCCCGAGGCCUGGGGGACCCCAAGCCCCAGUGAGGGGGAAGGCCCAUCCAGCCAGAGCCCCCAGCCCAGACAAGGGACCACGGAGAGCAGCUCCCCCAAACUCUUAGAUCCCGGUCUUCCCCAGCCGCAUGCCGAAGUGUUCCCACGCGACUGUCUCUCACCCCCGUUCCCCCUUCGCCCAGAACGCCGGGCCCCCCUGGAGCAGGCGGCCGUCGUGGUCUCCGUGGGCGUCUUCGCCUUCGUGGUCCUGGCCGCCGUGGGCCUCGUCCUCUUGCUGCUGUGGCUGCGGCUGCGCUGCUCCGGGAAAGGUGAGGCCCAGAAGCCAGGGCUCCUAGUGCCCGUCCUGUGGGUGAAGGUGCCUCCCAGGUCCCAGAUUCUCUAGCGAACCUCGGAUGAGCUCUCUCCCGGCGGAAGCGCCGCGGGCCCGGGGCCGGCCGGACAGAUCGCGGCCCCUCGGGGGUGAACGCUCAAAUGUGGACGGCGGCUCUGUUGGGGACAGAUGACCGGACGGAGCCUCGGCUUGGCCCGAGGGUCCGGCGGCCGGACUCCCCCCGGCACCUCCACGGCCUGGCGAGGCUUGGGCGGGGGGGCCUUAGGCGGGGGGCCCGCCCUGCCCCUCCCCCUGACACUGGCUCUCCUAGCCAGGGACAACCGCACACGGGGGGUCCCCUCCCCAUCACAUCCGUGUUUCCGAGGCUCCGACCGAGAGGGCGCACGCUACCCUCCCGCGGGGAAGUGGCCGGGGAGGUGACGCGUAAGAGCGAGAGGGCGUGUGGGCGCCGGGCGCGAGCCGUGUGCGCGCGGGAGGGCCACACGAUCCAUGUGAGCGAGAGACUAGUUGGGGCCACGUGUGCAGAAGCGUGUGGGUGUGUGCUCGCGUGUGUUGGUGCGUGGGUAGAGGUCACGUGCGAGGGAAUGAAUGUGCUCCUUAGGCUUCUGCCUGCACCUGUCCCCUUGCGUCGCCAGGGCAGGGGUGGGGGUGGCGUCUGGGGUGUGAAUAAAGGAAAAGGAAGCGUG